AUGGAUUACGCCAUGGAGGAUCACCGCCGUCCCCGCCGGUCCCUUCAGCUCGACCAACUCGAGCGCCCCUCCGACAGCGGCGACGAGGUUUGCUCGGGACAGAGCCUCGCUACGAAGACUACUAUUCAGAGUACUCUUGGUGCUGCUACUGCUACUGCUACGACCGGUCUUCAACGGCCGCAAACGGCGGCUGGCAUCAUGAAAGACCCUUUUCCGCCAGGAGCGGCGUAUUUCCCGGCGAGGGACCGCGGCGCCGCGGAUUACAUGAACGUCGACGAACCUGCGCGCUUCGGGGCGACCUCCCCCUGGAAUUUUGGCGCCGCUGCUCCCGCCGCUGCUCCCGCCGCUGCGAGAGCGGACACGAAGGCGUUUGCGCCGCCGGUGCCGCCGGCGGCCAGCCGGCGGGUCCGCGCGAACAGCGCGACGCUUCCGGGGGCGUUCGGAGGGGAGCAGGGCGCGGCGGAGUGGGUGGAUUGGUCGAACGUGGAUUGCGCGUUCCGGCCCGACGGGCUCAUGCAGGCGCGCGCCGCCAUGAUCGAGCAGUGCCGGCAGAACUCGCGGCGCGCGGCGAUGGGCGCAUCGGCGCGCGCGGGGAGGCGCGAGGCUGGGAUUGCGCUUGGUGGCGCGCGGGGGAAAGGGGAGGGGCGGCACCCCCUGCUGGCGGGAGUGAGUGGUGAGGAGCAGGAGACAGCCCGCCGAGUGCUGGAGCUGGCCGAUCGUUCCCUCGCCUCCUACUCAGUGCUGCACUCCGCCUUCCUCUCUCCUGCUUCUCAAGCUGCCAUCAUGCCCAUCCUCUCCAACAUGGCUGACGUCACUGCUAUUCUCUCUGGCGGUUACUUCCAGGCAGAGCGGUGCAGAAUAUCAGUGGGACCUCCAGAGCUGAUGGCAGCAGAGGGAGUGGGUGCAGAUGUUGGUGCUGCUGCUGCUGAUGGGACAAUUGAUGAGAUACCAUCACUUGCAGCCGGAUACCCAGGCGCUGUUGCAGCAGUGAGGGUAUCAGGCGCGUUCAAGCAAACAUCAGUGUCACAUGGUGACUUUCUGGGAGCAGUGCUGGGGACAGGGAUAACAAGAGACAAAGUUGGUGACGUAAUUCUUUUGGAGGGUGAGGGAGCACAGGUCAUAAUCUCUCCAGACCUGCAAGACUUCCUGCUCUCAGCACUCACUGCCGUUCACCGCGUGCCAGUGACCGUGCAACCCAUUGCACUCUCCGACCUCAGUGUGUCACCCCCCAGAAUCGACACGCUUCGCACGGUGGAAGCUUCCUUGCGUCUUGAUGCCGUCGCCAGUGCUGCAUUCCGCCUCUCGCGCUCCAAGUUCACCGAACUGAUAGCCAAAGGGGACGUGCGAGUGAACUGGAGAGAGGCGGCUAAGUCAGGAGUAGUGCUCAAGACUGGUGAUGUGGUGUCAGUGCGAGGGAAAGGGAGAUGCAAGAUUGGAGAGGUUACAACCACCAAAAAAGGACGUGGCACUAUCGCCAUGGCGGAACCCUCGCCCGCACUGCCGAGCCAAACGGCCAUGGUGCUUGACGAGGGGAGCCAACCAGUCGAUCUAGUCAAGCACCCCUCGGGGAUCGUGCCUGUACUACAAAACAUAGUUUCUACAGUCAACAUGGACUGUCGGCUGGAUUUGAAAGAGAUUGCACUCCGAGCCCGAAACGCCGAGUACAACCCUAAGCGUUUCGCAGCUGUCAUCAUUCGGAUACGCGAACCCAAGACAACAGCUCUCGUGUUCGCCUCUGGGAAAAUGGUGUGCACAGGCGCGAAGAGUGAAGAGCAAUCGCGGCUAGCUGCACGCAAGUAUGCUCGCAUUAUUCAAAAGCUUGGCAACGACCAAGUAAAGUUCAAAGAUUUCAAGAUUCAAAAUAUUGUCGGCUCCUGUGAUGUUCGCUUUCCAAUCCGGUUAGAAGGUCUUCAAAUCGCCCAUCAACAAUUUUGCAGCUACGAGCCAGAGCUUUUUCCUGGCUUGAUAUACCGCAUGAAGCAACCCAAGAUUGUGCUCCUCAUUUUCGUGUCAGGGAAGAUCGUUCUUACUGGUGCCAAGGUGCGAGAUGAGAUCUACCAGGCGUUUGAGAACAUCUAUCCAGUGCUCAACUUAUACAGGAAAAUACAAGCAGAGCCACUGCCACCUCCUGCCGAGUCAUGA